AUGCGAGUGUUUUCUCGUAUUCUCGUCGUCGCCGUCCUCAUUGUGGCUCUGGGCUACGAUGUGGCUGGAGUUAAACGUGAGGCACCUCUGAAUAACGGAUAUUUGCCGCCGUCAUCGGCACCACAGAGACCAUCCAGCAAAAAUGGAGCUCCUCCUGCUAGUUCGUAUUUGCCGCCAGCUUCGGGACCUGCUCCAUCGUUCGGCUCCCAUUCCCAUUCGCAUUCUCAUUCUCAUCACGGAUCUAGUGCUUCAUCUAGUAGCUAUUCGGCUCCAUCGUUUGGCGGAUCUGCAGGAGGUCCUUAUCCGGCUCCGGCUACCCGACCUUCCAGUUCGUACGGUCCCCCCGCGCGUCCAUCUGCUAGCUACGGCCCACCACCCAGUCGUCCGAGUCAAUCGUAUGGAGCACCACCACCAGCCCGAAAACAUCAACCUCGUCGUCCUUCUUCGAACUAUGGCCCACCUAAAUCGAACCCUGCUCCACCAUCUCAAAGCUAUGGUGCACCAGCUCCACCAUCUUCGAAAUACGGCCCACCCAAAUCAUCGCCGCCAUCCCAAAGCUACGGCGCACCAGCACCACCUUCGUCUAGCUAUGGUGCUCCACCGAAACCACCAACAUCUUCUUACCUCCCUCCUUCCUCUCGUCAAUCGCAAUCCUCUUCCUCAUAUGGAACUCCAAGUGUGAGCAGUUUUGUUCCUCUGCCCUCAGCUCCGUCAUCAAACUAUGGUGCUCCAUCCAAGACUCAAACUCUGGGAAGCAGUGGAUACACUUCUGGUCCUGCCGCUUCCUAUGACGCCCCAGCUGCCCCCUCUUCUUCGUAUGGCGCUCCGUCAGGUUCAUCGAGCUUAAGCUUCUCUUCGUCGCCUUCGUUCCAGCCUAUAUCUGCGCCCUCGUCUAGCUAUGGGGCUCCCAGCGCUAGCUAUAGCAGUGGAAGCUUCUCGUCAUCAUAUUCUGCCCCCGGUUCGGGAUCUUCCAAAGGUGGUUCUUUCGCAUCGGCGCCAGCCUCUUCGUACUCGGCACCCAGUCCAAGUGCCAAUGUAGGCGGAUCUUAUCCUGCUGCCUCUAGUUCGUACUCAGCCCCCAGUUCAGAUUCUUCAAGAGGAGGGCCUUAUCCAUCGGCGCCAUCGUCUUCCUACUCAGCACCAAGUCCCAGUGCAAAUCGUGGUGGAUCCUAUCCAGCUGCCUCUCCUUCCAGCUCGUACUCUGCUCCCAGUUCCGGAUCAAAUAAUGGUGGACCUUACCCAUCUGCGCCAUCAUCUUCAUAUUCUGCUCCUAGUCCAAGUGCUAAUGCUGGCGGUUCUUACCCAGCAGCAGCUCCUUCCAGUUCGUAUUCUGCUCCUAGCUUGGACUCUUCAAGCGGUGGACCUUACCGAUCAGCGCCAUCAUCUUCAUACUCUGCUCCUAGUCCAAGUGCCAAUGUAGGCGGAUCUUACCCAGCAGCAACUCCUUCCAGUUCGUAUUCUGCUCCUAGCUCAGAUUCUUCAAGAGGAGGGCCUUAUCCAUCGGCGCCAUCGUCUUCCUACUCAGCACCAAGUCCCAGUGCAAAUCGUGGUGGAUCCUAUCCAGCUGCCUCUCCUUCCAGCUCGUACUCUGCUCCCAGUUCCGGAUCAAAUAAUGGUGGACCUUACCCAUCUGCGCCAUCAUCUUCAUAUUCUGCUCCUAGUCCAAGUGCUAAUGUUGGCGGUUCUUACCCAGCAGCAGCUCCUUCCAGUUCGUAUUCUGCUCCUAGCUUGGACUCUUCAAGCGGUGGACCUUACCGAUCAGCGCCAUCAUCUUCAUACUCUGCUCCUAGUCCAAGUGCCAAUGUAGGCGGAUCUUACCCAGCAGCAACUCCUUCCAGUUCAUAUUCUGCUCCUAGCUCAGAUUCUUCAAGAGGAGGGCCUUAUCCAUCGGCGCCAUCGUCUUCCUACUCGGCACCCAGUCCGAGUGCCAAUGUAGGCGGAUCAUAUCCAGCAGCCCCAUCGUCGUCUUAUGGUGCUCCCUCAUCUGGUGGUGGAUUCAGCUCCAGCAACUUCGUUUCUUCAAGCGGUAGCUUCUCUUCAGCCCCGUCUGCUUCAUACAGUGCUCCCAGCGCCCCAUCCAGCUCCUAUGGAGCUCCAUCCACUAAUGGUGGUUCUUCAUCUUCACAAAGUUUCUCCAGCAGCGGUUCUUCGUCCAGCUACAGUGCUCCACCAUCUGGCGGUUCAUCUGCGUCUGGCCCCUACCCAACUGCCCCAUCAAACUCCUAUGACGCACCUGCCCAGGAUGCCGGCUAUGCCUACUCGGGACCCAGUCAGGAUGUUCCUGACACUAUUCAGCAGGGCUACAGCUCCGAUGGUGGCUACACCUAUCGCAAGAAGUGAGGAUCAUUGAAUCUCGAUUAAGUGCCUUCGAAUACUCGUCGUAUCCACAAGCAUGCAUCCCCAACAUCAUCUCGCCAUCUGUAUCUACUUGUAAAUUAUUCUCUCCCAAAUUGACAAAAAAGAAAAACAAAAACGAACUAAAUACCUUCUCUUUAUCAUACUUCUGCUCAUAUAUUCUUAUACAUCCUCCA